AUGUCGUCUUCUUUCCCUAUUGGGUUGAUUUUCCGUCAGUUGUUUGAACGUAAUUCUAGCACAUAUACGUAUAUGUUAGCUGAUGACGAGUCGAAGGAAGCCGUGCUUAUUGACCCAGUACUGGAGACAGUAGACAGAGAUAUACAAGUAAUUAAAGAACUCGGACUUACACUUAUAUAUGGAGUGAAUACGCACGUACAUGCAGAUCACGUGACGGGCACUGGGGAAUUGAAAAAGAAAGUGUCAUCAUGCCGUAGUGUGAUAUCCAGACAUUCUGGCGCCAGUGCCGAUCUUUUAACUGUGGAAGGAGACUGCAUUAAGUUUGGAAAAUUUGCAUUAAAGGUGUUAUCGACUCCAGGUCACACCGAUGGAUGUCAGACCUACGUACUGGAUGACAAUGGUAAACCCGUUGUGGCAUUCACUGGAGAUGCAUUAUUAAUUAGAGGAUGUGGUAGAACUGACUUCCAACAAGGUGAUGCUGCUCUGUUAUACGAUGGAGUCCAUAGUAAAAUACUAUCACUACCACCAACUACGUUACUUUACCCAGGACAUGACUACACAGGUAGAACAGUAACAACCGUUGAUGAAGAACUAAAAUACAACCGAAGAUUGACGAAAAGCAAAGAAGAAUUUAUUGACAUUAUGAAAAAUUUGAAUUUAGAUCCACCUAAACAAAUCGAUCGAUCAGUACCCGCCAAUCUGAAAUGUGGCGUCUUUGACGUACCAGAAGUACAAAAAUAA